CCCGCGUCGCCCGGUCCCGUGACUGUCCGCCCGUCUGCAGCCGACAUGCAGUCCCCGGCUGUGCUUGUCACCUCCAGGCAAGUUCAGAAUGUCCACACAGGCCUUGACUUGACAGUGCCACAGCACCAGGAAGUACGGGGCAAGAUGAUGUCUGGCCAUGUGGAAUACCAGAUCCUAGUGGUGACCCGUUUGGCUGUGUUCAAGUCUGCCAAGCACCGGCCCGAAGAUGUGGUCCAGUUCUUGGUCUCCAAAAAAUACAGCGAGAUCGAGGAGUUUUACCAGAAACUGAGCAGUCGUUACCCAGCAGCCAGCUUGCCCCCGCUGCCUAGGAAGGUUCUGGUUGUCGGGGAGUCUGACAUUCGGGAAAGGAGAGCCAUGUUUGAUGAAAUUCUGCGAUGUGUCUCCAAAGAUGCCCAGUUGGCGGGCAGCCCGGAGCUGCUAGAAUUCCUAGGCACCAGAUCCCCAGGGACUGCAGGUCUUGCUGCUAGAGAUCCCUUUGUCCUGGAUGACACAGCCAGCCAGCCAGGGCACAGUGACGAGGCUUUUGACUUCUUUGACCAGCAGGAUCAAGUGCAGCCACCCACACUGGGCCUGAGCCACAAUGAUGUGGAGAAGUCCCAGGAGGAGGAAGAGGAGGAGGAAGAGGCGCUGGAUCCCCUGGGCAUCAUGCGCUCCAAGAAGCCCAAGAAACCCCAAGAAGUGGCAGUGAGGCCCAAGCCCUCACCUCGGCUCACCAUCUUUGAUGAGGAGGUAGAUCCUGACGCAGGACUCUUCAACCCAGGCAAGAAAGCAUCUCCCAGGAGACCUCUGGAGACAACACAGGACUCCUUGAAGCUGUUUGAUGACCCUGACCUUGGUGGGGCCGUCUCCCUGGGUGACCCUUUACUGCUGCCAGCUGCCCAUGAGAGCGGAGUGCCCGCAUCCAGCCAAGAAUACAGGGAUGCCUCCAAGGAGCUGUUCAGAGUCGAAGAGGACCUGGACCACAUCCUGAACCUAGGAUCUGGACCUAAGCCCAAGCCUCCAGUCCCAGCUAAGCCAGCACUGCCAAGGAAACCCACUGUGCCCCCUUCUGUGGGCCCAUCUGAAACCGGCGCUGGACCACAGAAGCAGCAGCAAAUCCAAGCCAUGGAUGAAAUGGACAUCUUGCAAUACAUUCAAGAGCAAGACAUGCUCGCCCAAACCUCCCCCAGCCUCUUCUGACUUACCCUCUCCCUACUGAUACUCUGCCUACAGCAGCACUUGCUCCUAGGAAAGAGGUCUGUAUGAGAGUGUGUGGGUUCUUCCUGCCAAGCGAUGAACACUAAUGGAAGUGGAAGCCUGGACCCCCAGCCCCAGUACCACACUGUUUCCCUUUCUCCUGGGCUAUGGGUUGCACAAGAACUUUCUGCAGAAUGUAGACUUGGGAGUAUCAUAGGAAUCAAAGUGCAUCAUCCCAGCCCAGCUGGCUGGAAAGAGGAGAGUAGGUGUGGGCGUGCUUUGCUCAGCAGGAGCCUGACCUCAAGUUUGGAAUAAGAUCAGAGUCUUCCAAGGAAGGGACACCUUAUGAUGCUUGUGUCCACUGUCUCUGUCAGCUCUGUGCGGGAAGGAAGGCUUACCUGAGCUAAAGGGGGUUCCUGUGACAGGCCGCUCUGGAGUCUCUGCUUAGCAUGGCUGCUGAGGCCCCACAGCCAAGGCGUGUUCUGAGCAGAAAGCCCAGCUAUCCAGAACCAAGUCCCUUCUGAGUUUCCUUGGACUUUCGAUGCUAAUACGAAAAAUUUAGGCCCAGCCUUGUUCUCUCUCUAGGGCAUGGAGGGCUUCCAUGAGCCCAGGUCUUCCAUUUCCUUUCCCAGGAAGGGCCUGGCCAGCCCAUGGCCCCUUUAAUGCAGCUAUCAAUAAAGUGGGUCCUAGCAUCUCCCAGAGCUUGACCCAUGGGGUAUGUAUGAGGCCUUAUCUGACCUCAGGAUGUAAACUCAUUAACCUUUCUCCUGUGGAGCCACCAGCCAAGGAGAGGAAGCUGUGUACCAGGACGAUCCUGUGCCUUCCAGUAGAUGGUGGCUCCUAGAGCUAAGAAUACUAGAGUAUAUUCUUUGUGUUAGGAACUAGUUUGGUUUUUUGUUUUGUUUUGUUUGGGGGUUUUUGUUUUGUUUUGUUUUAAGAAACAUGUUUUUUAACAUAAUGCAGCCAUUUUUCCCUUUGCCCAGAGGCAUUAAAAGGGCCCAGCUGGGUCCAAGAGCCACUGUCAGGAGCCCCCAAGUAGCGCCAUCCGGUUGUUGGCUGCUGUCCAUGUCUGGGGUCCCCAGCUCCUACCUUGUAGUAAGACCUACAAGACCAGGCUGGGAGUACCAGGUCUGGCCUGUCUUGCAUCUUACCAUGUCCCUUGUCAGUGCUGAAUGAGAAGGCAUAGAUGGUUCUAGGCAGAGGACAGAAUACUCCUCUGCCUUGCCAGAUUGAGGGUCUCCCCAGAGCCUAGAACUGACUCUAGAUAGCCUUACCCCAACUCUUUCUCUCACCAGCAGGCCUUCAUGCCCUCCCAUCUCUUAGUGCCCAGAACCCUGCCCAGUGCCCAGAAGCCCUCUCCAAGCCCUCUCCUCACAAACUGCAAAAGAAGACUCAAUAGGUGGGGAGAGGUCACAUGGGCCAAUCUUCUGCAGAGCCACCCAACUGUGUCCCUGGGUCUCACUGAACCCUUCUCCCUCUAUAUCCAUUCCUCGGUGCCUUGGCUGCCAGCUUUCUACCUCUCUUUCAUCACACACACACACACACACACACACACACACACACACACACACACACACAAACCUUGCACCCACUCUGGGUGAUAGAUGACAUAGGAGAAGUAUGACCAUGGGCCAAUCCAGCUAGGAUCCCUAACAGGACCUGACCUCCAUUCUCUAGUGUGGUUUUGCCCACUAGUGGGGCUUUGUCUGCUGUGGAACUUUUGGGAUACCCUGGCACUGGUGUUUUGCUCCACAGAUAACAGUUUUCCAGUCAUGACUUGUUUUGAUCACAGGUCAGUGACCUACAUAGCUAGUCUAUGUCUUCCAGUUAUCCAGUAAAGUCUGUGUGUAACAAA